CUGACAUUCAGUUUUACUGUAAAAUAAUCAACUAAUAGUUGGAUUGGGAUCGUACUUAUAUAACUUGGAUAAAUAAUCUGAUCAACGUUUCUCGAAAUCAACAAAAAAACAAAAAAAUUGAAUCCAAAUAUUUGAAUUUAAAUGUUAACUCAUACAGAAUCAAUAAUUAAUCCCUUAAUUUGUCAUAAUUACAGUUUAUUCAAUAAACAGACACAAUUAUAUCAGUCUGUUCUACCUGCUACUUCUCCAGUGACUGACACCGAGACAGUCACUACUUCUGCUACUAACAAUAUUAUAAUAAAUAGUGUUAACACCUCUGACAGUAUUGACAGUAUUCCCUUGAACGAUAAAUCUGGUCGUACAACAAAUCUGACAAUGAUGAGGACGAAGUCGGCAGCAUCUUCGGAAAUAUUGGCUAAUCACUUGAAGAAGAUAAAUCAACCAGCUAAUUGUGACAUAAAACAAAACGGAAACCAUACUACUAAUAAUGGUGAUGAUAAUAAUAAUAAUAACAAUCAAAAUGAGAAGUUACACUAUUACCGAUCCUUGCAAUAUUUAAACUCUUGUUUGUUAAAGUCAAUGCAAUCGAAGUAUACACCUUCCAGUGCAAUGCAUGGCACUGACAGUGAUCAUAAUCAUGAGAUACAAAAGCAACUUGCCUCUGAAUAUAAAACAAAGAAGUUAUUAAAUACGACUGGAAAGAAAAGCAAUCGAACUCCACAAGGUGAAUUGUCGAUAUCUUCAACAGUCCCAGUGAAUGGAACACCAUCGUCUUCCCCAUUGUCAUCACCUUCGUCAUCAUCAGCAUCAUUAUCUACUCCCUUGUCACCAUCUUGUGUCUCUUCAGCAUUAAUACCUAAUGAGUUGAGUGUUGUCCAGUGUUCAAUGAAAGAGAUAUUUACGUGCAAGAAAGGAGGUGACGAAGAAUAUGACAAACGUGAAAUUAACCAAUCAGUAAAUGAAUGUCACAAUUCAUCUAUAGAAGAUCCUUCACUGAUGCUGAACUUUCCAGAUUCAAUGUCGGAUGGUAAUCAAUCUUCAAAUAAUUCUUUGAGCAACAACAGUAAUGUUAUAAACCAUAGUGAUGAAAUCAAAUCUAAUCUAACCUAUACAAUUGAUCGUAUUUUAUUGUCAGAACAGGAAUCACCUAUCAGUUAUACACGUGACUCUGAUCUAUUAUUGAAAGUGUCAGAUCACUCAAGAAAUAUUUUGGAGGCUCCAGAAAAAUUCAACAAUUCAGUGCAGUUUGGCUUCAAUAAUGUUGAUGCCAAGAAUCAUAUUUGUGACAACAAUGAAUGGUUUCCGAAUGAACAGCUGACUGGUGUUGUUAAUCCCACUGUUAAUCUGACGUUACCCCCACCCAUUUGUUCGUCAUCUUCAUUUUCUACAGUGUCAUCGUUAUCAACUCUGUCGUAUCCACAAACAGGAUUUCAUUUCUGGUUCAGCAUAUUUUAUAAAUUGUGGUUGGAACAGCUGAACCAGACACAAUCAAAACCAAUUGACUUUAGUCAAUCUAUGUCACCUGGAGAUUUAAAAGUGACGGAACAAUCUCAGUCCGAACCCUUAUCGUAUGCAAAAAAUACCAGCAGUCAUAGUAACAGUGUUAAUGAAGCAAAAAGUGAUCCUUUCUUGUAUAAUUCAUCAAUUCACCCACCAGUAAAUACGUCAAAUGACUGCGGUAAAUUAGAAAGUUUUACGGAAAACCUGUUUGCAUUGCAGUCUCAUUUGAAAGACAAUUCUUAUUACCCGUCAGAUUCGUUGUCGUUAAAUACUAACUCAACAUUAUCUCCCCAGUCGUGUUGUAUGAUAAAUGAUGCUCACAAUAAUAAAUCUCAAUAUGGCAAUAAUCUACCUUUUACCUCUGAAAAUAUCCAGUCACCUUUUUAUAAAUUAUACGAAAAUUGUACAAAUUUAAAUACACUCCAUUUUAAUGAUUAUGAAAAAAAUACCCAGACAAUUCCCCAGCUUCCCACAACAAUAAUAAGUAGUAAUACGAAUAUGAGUGAGUACGAUUAUCUCCAGAAUAACUUGUUUGGAUCGUUUCAUGUGAAUAAGGCGACAACUUCUUGUAGUAAUCCAUUAACGACAGCAUCUACGCAUUCAUGUUCCAAAAUGUAUGGUCAGCGGCAUUAUAACUAUCAAAUACCUACUACAAGUCAAUCUGUCCCAUGUGAAUCAAUGACUGCCACUGAGAACUCCAAACAUCCUGCAAACAAUACGCAUAAAUCAUCAAUUCUGUCCAACUGUAGACUGCACACAAAUUACUCGAGACUACGUGGUAAAUCAUUGGUUUCUAACAGUAAUGCAAAUGACAACCUACAGCAACGGGGCUACAGAGCCUUACCAUUCCCGUUAACAAAGCGUGAUGGUCGCAUGCAUUAUGAAUGUAAUAUAUGCCGUAAAACCUUUGGACAAUUAUCCAAUUUAAAAGUGCAUCUGCGUACGCAUACAGGUGAAAGACCAUUUCGUUGUGAUACAUGCCAUAAAGGUUUCACACAGUUAGCCCAUUUACAAAAGCACAACUUAGUGCAUACCGGUGAGAAACCUCAUCAGUGUACAGUCUGUGAAAAACGUUUCAGUAGUACUAGUAAUUUAAAAACACAUUUACGCCUACAUAGUGGUGAGAAACCAUUCGCAUGUAAAUUAUGUACAGCUAAAUUCAGCCAAUUUAUUCACUUGAAAUUACAUCGGCGCCUACACGCCAAUGAAAGACCAUUCAUUUGUCCAAGAUGUCAUCAUAAAUUUCUUGAUUCUAAGGGACUGAAACAACACUGGAGAAGAGGGAUUUGUUAUUCAUGUGAAGAAUUACCGCCUGGAAAUUGGAGUGAUUUGGAUGGAGAUGAUGCUGCUGAUACACAGGUCAGAGAAUUCUCAUGCGUAGUAAGUCCUACGCGAGAACGACAACAACACCAAAGACGUUCGAGCAGAAAUUGUGAUGUUAAUAAUCCAGAUGGUGAUGAUAAUUCCAGCCACUUAACUUCGAAUACUGAUGACAAAGGAAAUAGCAAAAGACACCAUUACUCAAUGAAUAUGAUUCCAAUGUAUAUAACCCAAUGAUGAAAGGGAGAAAAAAGGACGUAUUCACUGAUAAUGAUGAUUAUGUUAAGGUUAUCCUAACUCGAAUGUCAAACUUCCCUCCAAUAUUGUGUGCGCCCUUUAAAAAUAUAUAUGGCUGUGCAACAUAAAUAACCUUAUCUUUUCACUUUUGAAAAGAAAGGAAGAAUGAAAAAACAAUUUUACUAUUUCAAUAUUGUUUAAAAAUUAAUAGAUAG